ACACGUUCACCUGUGAAGUCACCCGCCACAUCACCUCGCGUUCAGCAAACUGACGGUACAGGAAGGAAGAGGAAACUGGUCAAAGAAAAGAAAGAAAUAAGUUGCGAAUUCGCCAUCAUGUCAUGCGGUACUGAUAGGCAGUAGUAAAGAGACUUUAGAUUAAAAUAUUUACAUGUUUCUAAAGUUACGCGUUUGAAACUGUUUGAAAGCUACUGGAAAUGUUACAGUCUGUGCCCAGCGGCUCAUGCGUACGGCUGGUUCAGAACAAUAGAUCGACAUGUUAUUUUUUAUUUCUUGUCCUGGGUUACACUCUCUAUCUGAUCUUCGGCGCAGUGAUCUUCUCCUCGGUGGAGCUGCCCUACGAAGACCUUCUACGACAGGAGCUCCAGGCCAUCAAGGACAAGUUCCUCCAGGAGAACGAAUGCAUAUCGGAGGAGCGCCUGUAUGCCUUUUUGGAGAAAGCGCUAGAGGCCAGUAACUAUGGGGUGUCUGUUCUGAACAAUGCCUCAGUCAAUUGGAAUUGGGACUUCGCCUCGGCGCUUUUCUUCGCCAGUACCGUGCUUUCCACUACAGGGUACGGCCACACGGUGCCACUGUCAGACGGAGGCAAGUCCUUCUGCAUCAUCUACUCUGUGAUCGGGAUCCCCUUCACCCUGCUGUUCCUCACGGCAGUGGUGCAGAGGAUCAUGGUCUUCAGCACCCGGCGGCCGGUGCAGUACAUCCACAUGCGCUGGGGCCUGUCCAAGUCGCUGGUGGGCGUGGUGCAUGCCACCAUCCUGGCCUUGGUCACGGCCUCCUUCUUCUUCCUCAUCCCCGCCGUGAUCUUCACCCUCCUGGAGGAUGAGUGGAACUUCCUGGAGUCCUUCUACUUCUGCUUCAUCUCCCUCAGCACCAUCGGGCUGGGAGACUACGUCCCGGGGGAGGGCUCCAAUCAGAAAUUCCGGGACUUGUACAAAGUGGGCAUCACCGUGUACCUGCUCCUGGGCCUGGUGGCCAUGCUGGUGGUGCUGGAGACGUUCUGCGAGCUGCAGCAGCUGAAGGAUCUGAGGAAGAUGUUCUACCUGAGGAAGGAGCGGCCGGAGGACCGCUUGAACAUCCUGGAGCACGACCACCUGUCCUUCUCCUCCGUGACCGAGCAGGUCACACCCCUCCCAGAGGAGAGGACUGAGCCCUACAUUAAGGGUCAGGUCCUGGGGCCCCCUGAGGGGGAGGAGCCCGUUGUCCGAUAAGUGGGCGGAGUCUGUGGAAUGUGUGUGUGUGUGUGUGGGGGGGGGUCGGGCGUCGCGUCGUGUUACAGGGUUGGGUACCAUUAUCAUAAAAGGGAACAGUCCCAUUAUCAGAUAAGAGGUGGACUGGGAUGCAGGGUACCUAGCAGUCAGCCCUUGCUGUGAGGGAGGAAGGGGGUCACUAAGACCUUGAAUGAAUUCCCAAAAAUGUGCAGAGCUGUCACUUUACCAUUGACCUGCUGUCCUGGACCAGAUACAUUGUUUAAUUGUGGGGAGGAAAGUCUUUUUUUAUUUAAUCAAAUGAGCAAGGUGUUGUAUAGUGUGCUGUAGCUCCACCAAUCAUGGGUUGAGGAAGUGGCAUAUCCCAGAACAAUGUUUCACCUACGUGAAAGGUUUCGCUAGCUUUACCAUAGAAACACAAAAUAGCUUCAAUUUUAAAUCUUCUAUUGUAUAUUAUGUCUUAGUUACUAAAGUUAUUCUGGAAAUUAAGGCAACUUUGUAAAUCUAAUGCAUAUAGUAUUAAAGUGUGUAGCUGUACAUAUGGAUAGUGUGUAUAAACAUAAAGUGAUUAAGAGACCUUAACAGCUGUCCUGCUGAGAUUUGGUCAGUGUUUUGGUCAUAGUUUUUAAACCAGGAGGUAAGGGUUUCAGAAAGGCACUAGACAAAUUAAAGAAAAAUAAAUGAAUUAAAUGGGUAAUCGAUCCUGAUGUUUAGAGACUCAGAUCCGUGCAUAUUCCUUGUGCAGAAAACCUGUGGAACUUGUGUGAUCCUCACGUCUGAAAUUCUAAAAACAUAUGCAUAUCUUGAGGGUAGAUUUUACUGGAUGGCUUUUGACUCAGGAAAUGGGAAAUGUCCAAUCAGAAUCCUGUGUUCUUAUCUAUCUAAUGAUUUUUUAGCAGCUGUAUGUUGGCUAUUUAUUUCAGUUCAUUUGUAAUUUUCAAGUUAUUAUUUUACAGCAGGUUCUGAUAUACCAUCUCACUGUUGACAGUUUUUUACGCGACUUGCAUCCCAGGAAAAUAUCACCAAGAAAAAUUAAACCCAUUGAAUUUUUUGGGUAUUUCAAUCUUCAACAGUCUGUUCAACUGUACUGUAUGUGUCAUACCCCUUGAUUUGUGUGGUUUUAUUUUUCAUGUUUUAUACAAAAGGUGAGGAGAUGGGGUUUCAUAUGGGGAUGGAUAGGUGGUGCGUCAGUAGUCGUAGAUAAGAGAACAUUCAAUAAAAAUCAGAUGUUAGAAGGACAAGAAGGGCAAUCACUUUUCUAAUUAAUGAAAAUUGCAGGACAGGAACUGAACCCCUAGGACACAAGUUGUGUUCAUUAAAUUGUAACAUGUUAAUGUUGCCUGUAAAUAGUAAUAAGUGUUCAAAGUGGCCCACUUAGAAUGACCGGUGAGACCUGCAUUUGAAAAACAGACAUGUUCAGGACGCUUGUUUUUGCAUGUGUUCCAUCAGCAUGUGAGUUAAUUUGAGAGACGGCCUGUCUGUCUUGACUAACAGCUACCAUUCCUUUAUUUAUUAUUUUAGAUAUUAAAACUGAAUACAAACAAACAACUACGUCAACUCUUACUCACACCACUACUCUCCCAACUUGUGUAUUGUUACACAAUGUUGUUAUUUCAUAAAGAAAGUUCAACAGGUUUGUUUCUUGAAGCAAUGAAUGGAGUCAACGUUGUAUUUUGACUUAGGACAUCCACGUAAGUGUGGAUGGAAAGUUCUGGAGGAAUGUGAAUAUUUAAGUCUCUUAUUUUAGUGUUUUUGAAUUAAGAGGAAGAGUGUUUUUACAACCAAGGUCUGGCCUAUAAGGGCACACAUCUUUUACAUGUAUUAUGGCCCUGUGUAAACUAAUUCAUGCAUUUUAGUAGAAAUCUAAUAUUAUGUCUUAAAAAUAAAUUCAUGUUUUAUUACA